AUGGCCUACCAAUUACACGUCUUGGUCCUCAACCAUACCUCCUCGCCCGCCUUGAUCGAGCAGAGCUGCUGGCACGAAAACCCCACGGCCUGGACCACUACCACCGCCAAUACCGAUACAGGAGGCACCCUGACCGCGUAUACGCUCAGCAUGGCCGCCUCGGGAUCCUCGGGCAUGCUACGUUUCCGCACCGAGUCAGGCGCGUUUUUCGCCGUCGCCAUAGGGGUCCACAACUUCAAGGUCUGGUCUGACGUGCAGGUCCUUCCCGACGACAAGCCGCUGAGCUACCUGCAUGGCCGCUACUAUGACCAGAACGAUGAGCUGAAUAAGCGGUUGUGGGCACAGUCUUCGGUGGCCGCUGGAGUCUUGGGCAGCGAGAGCCAUGAGGUCAAGGUCGGGUUUUAUAAGGCCGAAGGACACUUGCUGGCGGGCUAUCUUGCUUACUUCCCCCAAGAAACGGGGCAAGAAGCGUCAACUUUCGGUGGUGGAAUCCGGAGCGUGAUCCUUGGAUAG